AUGGUAGAAAAACGAAAAGGCGAAACUUCACGGCCAUUUCGGUUUAACAAGAAACGUAAAUCCUUCACGGGAAAAAGGAAAGCGAGUGCCUCCAACGAAUCGCGAUCCGACCCUUUGCACGAUGAAGAUGAUCAAGAAAACAUUUUCAUUGAAAAAAGUGAUCAAGAGAAGCAUACAUCACAUUUAUUCAUCGAUCCAGAGAACCAUCUUACGAUACCUUCACACAAUACUAAGCCCAACUUUGAGACUCUUGAAAGGUUGAAUGGAGCAUACGAAGCAAUGAGAAGACCAAAUAAACGGUUCAAGCCAGAAUCGCGCAUCUUUCAGUCACUGCACACGUCUUCCUCUUCUUCGUCUCAGCAGCUUUUGUCGCCGAUUACAAGAGGCAGCACAUAUGCCGGCGCACGAAAAGUAUUGUCGAGGCAGAAGCCGGAUGAAAGAAUGCAUUCAACUCAACAUGACGCCGUGAAUGCACAAUCGAAUGGUUGGCGCGAUGAAAUCAGUGAUGGCCGUGAGAGCCUACCACCCUGGCAACGCAAUGAGACACUGGACGAUCAACAUGACACGCGAAUGCCAAUCUAUCAACCCCUUCCUGCGUCUUGGCCUUCGAGUAGUACGGCAGACGAAUUUCUUGAAUGGCACAAUCAACCAAUAGUACAGCGUAUAAAAUCGUCGCCGAUCCGAAUUUCAAGUAUUGGUCCUUCAGAGCCAAGUUCCUCGACUGCUGUUCAGAGCUCGCAUCAGUUCUGGGAAACAGAUGCGAACCCCUCAAAGAAUAUUUGGCUAUCGCAGGCAAACAGUGUUGCAUCCGCACCGCCGUCAUUGAAAAAUCCAUCAAACAUCUAUAUGGAUCAGAUGACAGAACAAGAUACAGACGAUCAACUUUACCCGGUAGAUGAAUUGUAUCCGUCUACGUCAUCGGAUGCAUUCAGCAUGCAGCCUCUCGAUCAAGAUGUCGCAAAUACAUCAAUAUUGCCAAGCCCGAUCCGCCGUACAAAUGGCAUUCAUCCUGCGCAGACACCCGAGCAAGAAUCCCAUUUUCCUCAACGAUCAGACCAGGGAGGUCCAAUACCACUGUCUCAAAAUAUAUUGGUGAAUUUCAUAAAAGCUCCUCCUAAAAACAAAAGUUUAUCUGUCAAUGGCCUGGACUACUUUGGUAAAUAGUCCGAGCGAAUGAAUUGAAUGAAGAUGUAGGCUUUUCGCCCAUUGAAAAAAUAAUACAAAUUACUGUAUAAACAUACUUGUACAUGAAUGAAGAAGCGCAAGCGAAAAGGGCAGAUCGGACUG